AUGGUGCUCCUCACAAUCUUGAAGAAGCUAAAACUAAAGGAGAAGGAGAUGCGCAUUCUCAUCUUGGGGCUGGACAACGCCGGCAAGACGACUUGCGUCAAGAAGUUCAACGGUGAGGACAUCAACGAGAUCAGCCCCACCCUCGGCUUCAGCAUCAAGACGCUCGAGUUCGAAGGGUACCAGCUGAGCGUGUGGGACAUCGGAGGCCAGAAGUCUCUGCGCUCCUACUGGCGCAACUACUUUGAGCAGACGGACGGGAUCGUGUGGGUGGUGGACUCGGCCGACAAGCGGCGGCUGGAGGACUGCCGCGCUGAGCUGGGCCAGCUGUUGCUCGAGGAGAAACUGUCGGGGGCGUCACUGCUGGUGUAUGCCAACAAACAGGACAUCAAAGGGGCGCUCUCGCACGACGACAUCGCCCAGGUGUUGGGGCUCCACGACAUCAACCAACGACAUUGGCACAUUCAGAGCUGCUCUGCGGUGACCGGCGAAGGGCUCGCCGAGGGAGUGGAGUGGCUUGUGAAUGACAUUGCCUCACGUAUCUACAUGCUUGACUGA